AUGGCGACCCGCUCGCAGAAGCGCGUCAACCUCGUGGUUUCCAAGGUCGUACCACCAUUAUUGGUCGGAUUUAUGAUCUAUGCCUCCUACGCGGUCACGAAACCAUUAUGCAUUGACUAUCUUAUUCACCCAUUACCGUCCUAUAAUCGAAGCCCUCGAGUCGGCGCUGGCGCCGCAAUUCUCACAAUCUUCUAUCUUCUCUUAAUAGCCAUGCUUGGCACUUAUCUUCGACUUCUUUUUACCGUCACAUUAAACCCGGGCUACUUGCCUCUCGGUGCCGAACGUCUGCAGGCAGAUGCAUCUCGAAGAGACUCCCAGCCCUCGAACAAACGACGUUGGCGGAGCUCAAAGUGCCAACCAACAGAAAAGGUGGAUGAGGCCUCGGAUUUGGAACUUGGGGUGGGCAAAUACAGUGGAGGACAAGGCUCUCUGAGAGAUACACUCAAUCUGGAAAGCUUCUAUUCAAAAGACGUGUUUGUCUGCCAGGAUGAUGGGCGGCCUCUGUAUUGCUCAAAGUGCUCCCAAUUCAAGACUGAUCGAUCGCAUCAUUGCCGAGAAAUUGAUCGCUGUGUCGCAAAAAUGGAUCAUUUCUGUCCCUGGGUCGGUGGUGUGGUGUCAGAAACAACCUUCAAGUAUUUUGUCCAAUUUGUAGGAUACACGGCUUUUUUCUGCAUUUUCACUCUCAUUGUCUCUGCAUACUUUACAGCAGAACAUCAUCGUAUUACUGGGUCCGCCAACCCUCAUUGGUGUGUUUGCAUUGGACUGAGCGGCUUUUUUGGCUUCUUUACCCUUGUCAUGACUCUCAGUUCUCUUCAAAUGGCCAUGAUAAACGUCACCACAAUUGAAAACCUGAGUCGUCAUUCAUGCGUAUGGACACUCGCCGUCCGAGUUCCCGACCAUCUCCUCGACCGACUAUGGGUCAGUGAAUCUGCAUGGGCUCCUACAUUCCGCAUGGUUUCUUUCCCACAAGAAGAUCCCAUAUCACCAUCACAACCACAGCCAAUCAACCCCUCCACAACAGAACGCCGCGUCUUCGCGAUCCUAAACACCAGCCCAGGCGAAAACCCUUUCGACCUCGGCAAAUGGAAAAAUCUCCAGCAGGUAAUGGGCUACAGUCUCACAGACUGGCUUCUUCCUGUGAAACCAAGCCCCUGCGCCGACCACACCAGCCAGGAAAGCGCUUUCGCUUUGGGUCCUGUGGUGACCCGCCUGAAGCAAGAAGCGGGACUAGCACCGGCCCCUGAAGCAGAGUCCCGGCCCCAAACCAAAAAUCAAGGAAUAUAG